GUCACUUUACACAUUGUUUUUUUUCAUUUUAUGCUUGCUUUUUUCAUUAGACGCAUUUCAGUAUUAAAUUAAAAGGCCCUCGGUGGACAAAAGCCUCACUGGACGCUGAUGGACAAGGUUGAGAAGAACGAAGAGGCUGAUCAGGAGAUCAAGCAGGAUGGACCCAAACCGGAGGAAAACGGCCACAAGGCCGCCACCAAGAUCCAGGCCAGCUUCCGUGGACACAUCACCCGGAAAAAGAUGAAGGACGAGGAGAACGACGCCGCUCCGGACGAGUCCGCAGAGGAGAAGGAGGAGCGAGUCUCUCCAUCGGAGGAGAAACCUGCCGAGGUUUCCAUGGAAACAGCAGAGGAGAGCAAACCGGCCGAGCAGCCCAACUCACCUGCCGCAGAAGCCCCGCCCACCACUGCCACUGACUCCGCCCCCUCAGACACGCCCACUAAAGAGGAGGCGCAGGAGCAGCUGCAGGAGGCGGAGAAUCCAAAAGAGGUGGAGAACACGGCAGCCGAGAACCCCGCCCACGAUGUAAACGCACAGGAGGAGGAGAAGAAAGAGGAGGAGAAGAAGGAGGAAGCCAAACAAGCCGAUGAGCCUGAC